CUCCCUCGCUCUCUAAACAUCACUAAUCCAGUAUUUCAGGUGCCUGGAGUGGAUCACGGCUCACUACCGCCGCUUAACAACAAAUACUACAGUACAUUGAUAUACAAUCAAGCGGCGGAAUACGGCGAAUGAAGGGGAAAAUUAGAAGUCGUAAACUGGUAGGAUCAAAGAAGAAUGAAAUUAGACUAGUGUAAAGCUCGAGUGUUUUGUAGUUUUUUUUAAUCACUAGUACUAUUUUGUGAAUGGUUUCUUUCCGAAAUGUUCUUUUUAUUCUCAACCUUGCUUUAGCUACUGAUCCAAAUCGUCGGUGAAAUCUUUUUUGAGCUGGAAACUAGGACCAGGAAUUAAAAAUAUGUCGUUAACGGGUCAUUCAAGAAGCUCGAUGGUUUUGCUCUUUUGAAAGGUAGACGCGGACGAAAGAAAUUUGAAUGCCUUUUGAUUUUGAAUAGGAAGAGUCACCAAUGUGAUGUUGUCCAAUGUGUGGAACUGCUGUCCUCAAGCUUCCUUAUGGAUGAACUUUGGAACUUUCUUCUGUUGAUUACCAACAACGGCAAAUGAUGUAGAGAAGUGGGCACACCUUAUACGGGAUCACAGAAUUUCUUCUGAUGUUAUGCUGAUGACUGAACAGGAGAAGGACUGUAUGUCUUUAACUUGAAGAAGAAUGAUUAUCAAUGUGCAAGCUACAGAAAUAACACAGCAGUGGUUUAGUCGUCUUGGAUUACUGCUCUGCACGCAGAGGUUUUGGUUUCGGUACAAAGGACAUCUUGCCAGUGAUUUUUAAUUUUGUGGCAUUUAAUUUGAGCCACUCCCUCAGACAUUUCCAAAAGACGGAAGAUGGAAUUUUUUUAUUGGUAGUCAUUUUGUGGGAUCGGACCCUGAUGUCUAGUGCAAUCGCAGCAAGCGGAAAACCAAUAUUACAAUUACGGAGAUCUGUAACACGUACCACACCGAGGAACAACCUUAGUGCUAAGAAUUUAUUAUACUUAUAGAAUAACUCUUCUCUACAAAGUGUAACUUUAAUCAAAUGGCAUGGGUCAAGUUCUUCAAGAAGCAGGGCGGCAAUCUUGGAAAAUCCUACCAGCCUGGGAGCAUGCUCUCUCUGGCUCCCACCAAAGGCUUGCUGAAUGAACCUGGGCAAAACAGUUGUUUUUUGAACAGUGCUGUACAGGUACUCUGGCAGUUGGAUGUUUUCCGAAGGAGCUUAAGACAGUUACCAGGACAUGUCUGCCUUGGAGAAGCCUGCAUCUUUUGUGCUUUAAAGAGCAUCUUUAGUCAGUUUCAACACAGCAGAGAGAGAGCCCUGCCUUCAGAUAACUUACGACAUGCCCUGGCUGAGACCUUCAAAGACGAGCAGAGGUUUCAGCUUGGUUUCAUGGAUGAUGCGGCUGAGUGCUUUGAAAAUAUUCUUGAAAGGAUUCACCUGCAUAUAGUGCCUGAUACUGAAACAGAUGUGUGUGUUUCCAAGUCCUGCAUUACUCACCAAAAGUUUGCCAUGACUCUGUAUGAACAGUGUGUUUGUCGUAGCUGUGGGGCGUCCUCUGACCCUCUACCUUUCACUGAGCUAGUGCACUAUGUCUCCACUACAGCCCUCUGCCAACAGGUUGACCUCUUUCUGGAAAAAAAUGAACGUCUUAGGUAUGACAUGUUCGGGGAACUGCUGCAGGCAGCAAGUACGAUUGGGGACCUCAGGAACUGCCCUAGUAAUUGUGGACAAAGGAUCAAGAUUAGACGUGUGCUCAUGAACUGUCCGGAGAUAGUCACAAUUGGCUUUGUCUGGGAUGCGGAACAAUCGGACCUCACAGAAGAUGUCAUUAGAUCGCUUGGACCACAACUGAACCUUUCUGGGCUUUUCUAUCGAGUCACAGAUGAGCAAGCAAAAAAGACUGACCUAAUUCUUGUGGGAAUGAUCUGUUAUACCAGCAAACACUAUUGUGCCUUUGCUUAUCACACCAAAUCUUCCAAAUGGGUGUUCUUUGAUGAUGCCACUGUGAAAGAAGUUGGCUCAAAAUGGAAAGAUGUGGUUUCUAAAUGCAUAAGAGGCCACUUCCAGCCCCUUCUCCUUUUCUAUUCCAAUCCUGAUGGAACUGCAGUCUCCACAGAGGAUGCCCCAAGACAGACCACCCUUUGGUCUCAUUACAAAUCUUCAGUCAAUGGCGAUGGUUCAGUACAUGAUGUACCAGUUUCCGCAGCGAAGAAAUUAGAGCUUACAAAAGAGAAUGUCAGUGCCCUACUGUCAAACCAAAGCAGCUUCAAGCAGAAACUGCAGCCGUCUUCCAAUUCAGGAUUUAUCAGAGGUGCUGGCCAGACAAGUGGUAGACGAGGACCAGUAAAAAUCAUGCCUGGUGAUCCAAAAAGCAAGUUAAGAGAAAUUUCCCGAGAGGUGGCGCAGAAGGCAGGAGAGGUCCGAACUCACUUGCAGAAGAAAGAGAUUGAAAAGGGACAGAGAAGGCAAGAGUCUGGGAGACACAGAGAUAUGCCUUCAGACAAGACAUACCCCUCUUCAGAAAAUGGAUUCAGGCAGAAUACAGACCAAAGGUUGUACAGCAGUCAAGGAAAAGGUCCUUCACGGAACGAUAAGAUUGCCCCCCCAGGUAGGGCUCAUGAGCCCAGACUGCCAGCUAAUAGAGUACAAGUCCUGCCAGGGCUCCCCAGUGGACAGAGCAAGAUGAAGCAAGACGUCUACAAUGGCUACGACACUGACAGCAGUCAGGAUUUCAAAGAGAAGUACAGUGGAGGCCGUAGCAAGCCCAAGGCCUGGAAACCCAUGCGGGAAACGCUCAACGUGGACAGUGUCUUUAGUGGGCCGGAAAAGCGGCAGCACAGCCCGAAGCGCAGGCCACCAAACCAGGGAGACAGGACCCACUAUGACCAGGAGCAUGUCACCUCCUGGCCCAAGGAGAACCGCAAGCAGAAGAGUCUGAUGACCAUCUACGAGGAUGAGCAGAAGCACGAGACGGGAAGUAAGAGUUCUCUGGAGUCUGAGGGGAAAGUCCAUGCAGAGAAAGAGAGGACUAAGGGAGGGGUAAACAAUAAGGUCCGCAAUGACACCUGGAAAAUGCAGAGGACAGAAUCUGGGUACGAAAGCAGUGACAGGCUCAGCAACGGAUCUACGAAUCUUGAUUCUCCUGUUGUGGAAAACUUUAGCUCUAAGGACUUGAGGCCUAUACCAGAGGUGCAGUUAUCAAGGGAUCAGCUCCAUCAUAACAGAUGUGAUGAAUCAGUGGUCGACAGCUUGCAUUCCUCUUUUUCCUAUGGGGAACAACAAAUUAAACGAGCUCCGGAAAAGGACUUUGCAACUAAAGAGGGUCGUGUGUUGAGUUCUAGUCCAUGUCUACAAAGAAGACAGGCUAUCAGGAAUACUUCUGCAAAUUGUGAAAGGAAUAAGUGGCCAGAUGGAGACCCAGUGUUCUUAGAAGAGAAGCAUCUGCAGGGGAAUGGAGAAGGAUAUGGUAAUGGCAACUCUUCCCUGCAGUAUCUUCAGAAAACUAGUAGCUCAGAAUGGAACAGUUCAGAUGACCUAAAUGGACCAAUGUCUGAGCAGGAGGACAACACUUCUAUUUAUGGCAAAACGGCACUACUUAGAUCAGGUAUUGCACAACCAUUCUUUCCAGGAGCUGCCCGCGAAGAAAACUGUGAUACCUCUGAACCCAUUUAUCAAAACCUGGCACCACCGCUGCCUCCCAAGAAGUAUGCACAGAGGCAAAAGACCCAUCUGGAUGAUAACAGAUCGACCUUAAGUGCAACAUCACAUCUGCAUCCUUUACAAAGUGAUGCUGCCCCGCCAUCCAAAGUAUCAGGUUCUCCGCCGCUGACUCUGUUAAACAACUGGGCUGCCUCGAAAUAUUCUGCAAAUGCCAGAUCUAAACCAACCUCUUCCAACCAAGAGAGGAUGGAUCUCUUUGCAAAGCAUAAAAAUAGAAACAAUCCAAAACUGGAUAUGGAUGUUGUAGGACCAAGCGAAGAAGUUUUGACGACCACCUAUUUUUCUGUGGACAGCUGUAUGACCGACAGUUACAGAUCAAGGUACCACCACCAGAGAUCACCACUUUACUAUAAAGACUCCAAGGGAGGAGACCAAACCUCUUCUGGGGAAAGUGAAUUGGGAGACACAAACUCUAUGGAACCGUCUCUUCAAUCAAAUCUCUCAAAAGCAAGACCAGAAACAGGCUAUUCAACCAAUAAAACUGCUGUAAAGUGGAAUCCAGUGUCUACUAGGAAUUUGGAUGAACACGGGUAUUUGUGAUGGGAGAUUUCAAAGUUAGCAUCGAGGUUUGAAACUGAAGAUAGAACUGGACACCAAAGAUUACUACCUAAAACCAAUUCAUCCCAUCACUUGAUCUUCAAUCAAAAUAAAGCAAACAUACGUCAGCAGCAUUGCUACUUCAUGUUAAACAGUACCACAUUAAAACUGCAUGUAAUCUCCAAAGCUAGAAAGCCUUUUUAGUACUCCCCUAUAGAGGGCAGUCUAAAACUUCAUUUGCACUAAUGGGAGCACAUUAAAGGGGGGAAAAGCCUUGUUUUGUUAUUUUUGCUGUCAUUUUUACAAUUACAGUUCUGAAUUUUUCCAACUGUUCUUAUUUAACUAUACUAAAAAAAUGAUUAGAUCAAUUUUGAGAAAAGGAAAAGAAGAGCGUCAAUGGGAAGAUUUCUGGCCAUAUCAGCCCAGUUUUCAAAUGAUUGUAAAUCCUUUUCUUAAAUAGUGAAAAUCAUACUUGGGUUCUAUAUCUAUAAUAAAUCUAGCCAAUUCACUGACUUGCAUUUCAAGGUCUGUGGGUGUGAUUAAGAACUGAUAAGACAUGCUUUGUUCAAGAGGAAAAAAAAAUAGACAUGCACAAAAGGACUGCUACUUUGUCCAUUUAAAAAUUACUUGGAAUACCAACGUUUUGUCUUACUCGUUUUACCAGAAAGAAAAUAGAACUUUCUUUACUAAUUUCUAUAGCAAUAAGGUGAAAAUUCCAAAUCUGACAUGAAUAAUCUCACAUUCCAAGUAUGAUGUUACUGGAGUUCCGGAGUAAAUCUAAAAACAAUAUUUUACAAAUAGAUGUGUGAAUAGUACAAACCAAGAAGCUGAAGUGAAGGAAAGCACUUGAAGAUUUUAUGACUUGCAUGAUUUGUAAAGACAAACUGCUGUAUUGCCUUGGGAGUUUGAUGUGGUUUUGGUGCCUAUGCAGCUUAGUACCUUUCUUUAUGGCCUCUAGACUAAACCCUUGAAUAAAAUUUAAAAAUGUA